AUGGAACUGUCAGAAAUAGACUAUUAGAUGACAGUUCUGGGACUGUCCUUCCAUGCAGCGGUUGAAACAUUGUAUGUAUUUGUUUCCAUAAAUGGAUCCAUUUAUGGAAACAAAUACAUACAAUGUUUCAACCGCUGUAUGGAAGGACAGUCCCAGAACUGUCAUUAAUAGUCUAUUUCUGACAGUUCUAUGACAUUCCCUCCAUACAGCGGUUGUUGAAACAGCUGUAUGGAGUGAAUGUCCCAGAACUGUCAGAAAUAGACUAUUUAUGACAGUUCUGGGACUGUCCUUC